GUCACGUGUUUUUGUUUAGAGCAGGAAGCUCCUGCCUCCUGGAUGGCUUCCGCAGCAGCUUCCCGAGACGUGUUCUCAUUUACCUUUGCUUUGAUUUUCUACCAAGCCUAACAAUGGGGAGGAAUGUUUAUCCAAUGGUGAGGGAGAGCAAUCGUCAAUAUGCGUUCAAGUGGAGCAAACCCAUCGGACAAGCAUCCAGUUGCUGCUAGCGUGUAGCAGUAGCUCACCGGUCGGAGGGUUAGCAAUUCGCUGUCUGGCUAACUCCUGUCAUCCUCCGGAGUUGACACUUAUAUCUAUAAGCUUGCUUCGCUACCUCGCGACUUGUUUUGUAUAACUCAUACGGACAAAAAUGGAGCUGUUCCAAGCCAAAGACGACUAUAUUCUACAGAAUGGGGACCGCGCUCUUUGGUGUAGCCGAAAAGACGGGACCAUAACAGUCAAACCUGCAACGGACCUGCUCCUUGCUUGGAAUCCAGUAUGUCUGGGCCUGGUGGAAGGUAUCAUUGGAAAGAUACGGCUUCACACUGAUCUUCCUCUCGGCCUUGUAUUAAUCCGCCAGAAAGCACUUGUUGGCCAUUUGCCAGGCAACCACAUAGUCUACAAGAUAACCAAGAUAGCUGUCAUUCCUCUGUCUGAUGAAGAGCCACAGGAGCUGGAACUGGAGCUCUGCAAAAAGCAUCAUUUUGGAAUUGACAAAUCGGAGAAACUUGUUCAGUCCCCUGAUGAGUCCAAGUUUUUAUUGAAAACCUUAAGCCAUAUAAAAUCCAAUGUGGCUGUGCCCAUUAAGAAAAAGUAUUCCCCUGCCUUCCAGGUAAAGGAAAACAAAGAAAAGGAGCGUCUGGAGAGGCGGUUGCUUGAUGAGCUAUACAAAAUAUUCAUGGAUUCAGACUCCUUCUAUUAUAGCCCUACCUAUGACCUGACAAACACUGUGCAGCGCCAAGGAGACUUGGAUAAAUCAAACUUACCACUUUGGAAACAGGUGGAUGACCGUUUUUUCUGGAACAAACACAUGAUUCAAGAUCUUAUAGACCUACAGACACCAGAGGUGGACUUUUGGGUGAUACCAAUCAUCCAGGGCUUUGUUCAAGUUGAGGAACUUGUUGUGAAUUACAACGAGACGUCUGAUGAGGAUCGCAGCAGUCCCGAAACUCCACCGCAAGAGGUGACCUGUGUUGAUGACAUCCAUCCCCGCUUCACCGUUGCACUCAUUUCCAGACGUAGCCGACAUCGUGCAGGGAUGAGGUACAAGCGCAGAGGAGUGGAUACAGAUGGCCAUGUGGCUAACUAUGUGGAGACAGAGCAGUUGAUCCACGUGCACAGCCACACUCUUUCCUUUGUGCAGACUCGUGGCUCUGUGCCUGUCUUCUGGAGCCAGGCAGGAUACCGCUACAAUCCCCGGCCACGCUUGGAGAAAGAAGAGAAGGAGACCAUGUCCUACUUUGCUGCCCAUUUUGAAGAACAGCUUAGACUCUACAAGAAACAAGUAAUCAUCAAUUUGGUUGACCAAAGUGGGCGAGAGAAGUUGAUUGGGGAUGCGUAUCUAAAGCAAGUGCUCCUUUUCAACAACCGAAAUCUCACCUAUGUGUCAUUUGACUUCCAUGAGCACUGUCGUGGGAUGAAAUUUGAAAAUGUGCAGAUACUGACAGAUGCCAUCUUUGAAAUCAUCACUGACAUGAAGUGGGCCUGGGUGGACCAAGCUGGAGUCAUCUGCAAACAAGAGGGAAUCUUUCGGGUCAACUGCAUGGAUUGUCUUGACAGGACCAACGUGGUCCAGGCUGCAAUUGCUCGUGUGGUUAUGGAACAACAGCUGAAGAAAUUAGGUGUGAUGCCUCCAGAGCAGCCCUUGCCACUCAAAUGUUACAGGAUCUAUCAAAUCAUGUGGGCCAACAAUGGUGACACCAUCAGCAGACAGUAUGCUGGCACAGCAGCACUUAAGGGAGAUUUUACCAGGACGGGUGAGAGGAAACUAGCUGGUGUGAUGAAGGACGGCGUUAACUCAGCCAACCGCUACUAUCUAAACCGCUUCAGAGAUGCUUAUAGACAAGCAGUAAUCGACCUCAUGAUGGGUCUCCCGGUGACUGAAGACCUCUACUCAAUUUUCAGUAAGGAGAAAGAGCAUGAGGAGAAAGAGCAGGAAAGCCAAAGAGGAGCACAGGAGCAAGUCAGCCUGCUAUUGCAGACAUAUAUGCAGCUUCUCCUGCCCGACGAUGAGAGGUUUCAUGGUGGUUGGGCUCUCAUCAACUGCGACAUGAGCCUUAUCGAUGCUACAAAUAAAGAUGUUGAUGUGCUUCUGCUUCUGUCCGACAAAGCCUACUACAUCGCUUAUUAUGAUGAAGAGGCGGACAAAGUCAACCAGUACCAGCGCCUCAAUUUAGAGGGUUUGGAAAAGAUUGAAAUUGGUCCAGAACCGACACUUUUUGGCAAGCCAAAGUUCUGCUGUAUGCGGUUGCAUUACAGAAGUGAAGAGUCAAGCGGAUACUUUCACACGCUGCGAGCAGCUACUCGAAAUCCUGAGGAUGACGGAAAAGAUACACUACAAUGCAUUGCUGAGAUGCUACGCAUUACAAAAGAGGCCAGGGGGCUGGACCUUCUGGUGGUUGAGAAGAAGCUAGACAGGCGACAGAGCAGACCUCAUGAAGAUAUAAUGGGGAUCCAGAACAAAACUGGUGAGCAGGCACAGGGCAGCUCUGGUCUGGCUCAAGGCAAGAGUUUCCUUCUCAAUAAGUUCUCCUCUCUAAAUCAGAAAGUAAAACAGACCAAAACGAGCGUGAACAUCAGCACCUUCAAACCCCUCGGAAAGCUUGGAAGCUUCUCUAAGCCUGAAGUCAAGGUCAAUUUUCUGAAGCCAACUAUGCACGUUAAUCUGUGGAAGUCAGACAGCAGCUUGGAAACAUCAGAUGGCAAUGCCGGUGCAGGGACCUUAAAGGAUAUUAAUGAUGGAAAUUUUGAUAUCUCUGAUGACUCUGACUCUUAUAAUUCUGAUCCGGAGCACCUGUGUUCAGGCUCUUUUGAGAACGUGGACUACGUGCUGCCCAGCUGUGGCAUCGUAGCAUCUAACCCAAGACUGGGCAGUCGCUCACAGUCUGUCGGUAGUGCAGAGCUCACUAUUCCCUCUGUUAUCCGUGUAAGUGGCUGUGAAGGACAGCAGGAGAGCACUUCUCAGGUCCGCGAAGACGAGUCCCCAGGGGCUGCCUCGGUGGCUGAAGAAGCCAUUCUGAUUGACUUUGACACUCCCUUCGACGCCUACUGCCACCAGUUUGUCCAGGACGCGGAGACCAAACCAGUCGAGGUGUUUGGAGAGCGACCACCCGCGCCCGCCCAGCCACUCAAGCCCCUUGUGCCUGAGCAGAAUAAAAGCCCAGCGGACCCCAAGCAGCCAAGCACAAAGCCAGAGCAUCAGCAGGAGGAGACCAACCUUCCUAGGCCAUCCCAGCUCGACGUCCAGACUACCUCUGCUUCAAACCUUCUCAACAUCCAUAGGCCCAACUCUGCCGUUUCGGGUGGUUCUCAGAGGAGUUUGGGCUCACAGAUGGAAGGCAGCCUCGGCCCUUCGCCCGCCGACAGUAACGGCAGCAGGGUAGUGUCCCCAUUUGCCAAGAUCAAAAGCUCCAUGGUCCAAGUGGCCAGCCUCACCCAGGCGGGGCUCACUCAGGGCAUCAAUUUUGCGGUGGCGAAGGUGCAAAAGAGCCCAGAACCAGAUACGGUUAACGAGGCCCAGGAGAAUGAGUUGAAGGCAAUGUUUACACAGUGCCAGACCAGGAUCAUUCAGAUCUAGUGCUUUUGGAGGACGUCGUCAGUAGCAAAGGCUUCAAUCUAGCCUCACUCCUUGCCCAACACGUGCCCUCCGUUACGCCCUUUAGUCCAAGUAGCCAGUGUUGUAUAGACUAGAGUACUAUAGGCAGUUCUAACGUGGCCGUGAAUGUUCACAUGCACCUAAGAACACGCCUUUUUCCUUUUUUAAAAGGAACAUUUUGCUCGGAAUUCAGGUGUUUGUCAAUUUUAUCGAUUACCAGUUGCCAUCACUAUACUAGUAUUUUCUUGGGAUAUUUCGACUUUUUAAGCCACUCCUGACAAAAUGUGCAAUUUAAUAUUUUAACUCAGUCACAGCUAUUGACAGGGAUAGACGUUAAAUCCAUUUUAUUUGGAUGACUGGCAUUGAAAAAUGUUUCAGUGCCAUUGACAGCGAUAAGACGUCCAGUCCAUUUGGACUGUGGAAAUGGCUUGGACAUCUAUCGCUGUCAAUAGCAGCAAAUGAGUAAUUUGCAAUUCGGGAAAUCACAUUUGAUACUCAAAUAGUACUGGCACUGAUACAAAAUCUGUCCCCAUUUCGGGCGGCCACUUACUGACUUUUACACAUUCAAAGAAUUAGUGUUUUUGUUUUUCAAUUAUUAAACAAGAUUCUUUCCGCUGAUAAAGUUGUUGUCUUUCCCUUCAACAUAGCUGUUGAUGAAGAUUAAGAAUAAAAAAAUUCCUGCAAAAAAAAUCCAGAAUAUGCUGGUUUUUGUACCAGUACCAAAACAGCGAAUCUAGCUAUGUUUUGCUGGAUUUGUUGGUGUUUUGGUACGGUUCUUGCUGGUACAGAAACUAGGAAACGGUAGAUUUCUUGACAGGGUGAACAUAUAUUUUAACGUCCAGAUGAUGUUUGAAAGGUGUGCAGUUUUUCGUGCAUGUAAACAACACUCAAUUGAUUUUAAUUCAUUGCCAGCAUAAUGACGUGACAGAAAGGUAUUGCAAUGUUAGCAUUAAGUUAGAGAACAUUGUAGUAUCUGGCAAAAAGGUUAGAGGUGCUAUUUGGUUGAAAAAUGCAUUGUAACAUGUUUUUUCCAACACAUUUUUUUACGCAAAAUAGCACCGUUAACCUCUUUCUGGCCCCAAAAUUAUGUUCUCCGCCUUAAUUGUCACAAUGCUUGCAUGACAGGUUGGUGAUAAUGGCUGACUUUGACAGGGCAGAUAAUUAUUAGCUGCAUGAUGACAGAACAACACUGGAUUAAUAUUAUAGUACACGGUCUGUACAGGGCACCUAUUGGUAUUUGUGGUAGAUAACUAUACCCUUUUGUAACAGCUAUCUUCGUGUCUGACCAAAUAACUUAUGUGGAUCCAAAAUGAUGUUUUGGUGUAAUCUAUUAGCCUUUGUAGAACAGUCCGAAACUAACAAGAAAACAAUCCGUACGUAGUUAGCCUGUGUAAUAUCUAUGGUGUCAAGUGUUGCUAUAAUGUGGUCCAAACUUUGACUCCACAAGAACUUAGGAAGAGUAUCAUGAUUCACACCACGUUUACUUAGGAUUUAUUUGUAUGGAUGGCAGGGUGGCAGCUAAAUGGGAAUAUAUAUAUAUAAUAUAAAUAUAUAUUUUAAAAAGUUGUAUCAUGACUAAGAAGGGUGUGUUUUAAUUACCAGUCUUGGAAUGGUUCACAUUGUAGAAUGUUGUAUAUUUGACCAAGACUGCUGAAGUAGCACAUUGACAGAAUAUAUGCAAAUGCACCAAUCUAAUGAUAAACACUCCCAAAACUGAAAGCUUACUUGCCUUAACAGGGAAUUCAAGUGGGACUAAAAAUCAGGUAUUUAUGGUAAAAUCUACAUUUUCGAACCAUUUACAUGUUAACAUCAGUGUACUGUACUGUAUAAAAUGUUCAGGUUAACUCAUUUUUGGGAUGCUUUAUCAGAUGACACUUUCAUUCCUUAUUUUUUGAGGCACACUGUACUGGGAGAGCUGUUCUAUGUCAAGAAAGUAAAAUGCCAUAAAUGAUGCAGAUUUCAGAACUCUGAUCAUAUUCAAGAAAACUGCCUAUAUUUUUCAUUACGAAUUCAGAUGCCUCAUCGUUUUCUAAAAAUAACAUUGGGUCACUAUUAGUCAUUUAUUGAUUUUCAAUACUGCACCACACUGUAAUGCCCUGGCCUGCUUUAACAUGCAAUAACCAGAAUAAUUGGUCCCACGUUUCAUAUUUACUCUUAAAUUUGCUGUUUUCUUGCAGCCAGUUUGCUUUGUGUGCUUGCUACGAUACUUAAGAGUGGCGCUGCCAAAAGCUUAAGAUGUUGCUGGGAUUCAAUUUUAAUGCAGAGGUUGUAUUUAAAUGAUGCAUUGGGAGUAUAACACUGGAGCUAGUAUAAAAGGAAGUUCAUCUUUAACAUGACAAAUAGAAACUACAAUGCUACUUUUAAUGCAAGAAUUGGUAGUCAUUAUAAUUGUUAUGCUUGGUGAGAGGUUUUGUUUUGAUACAAGUUCUGUAGCACCCAUCUAAUUUUCUGUUUUGCUUUUUUCUGCUCCCUUGUAACGACUCCACAACAUGGCAUAAUCUAAAGUGGUCUUAAAACAUUUUGUUCACCGUUUCACCGUGUUUUCUGGUUGUGGUUACAUCCCCUUUAUAAGAAAUCUUCCAGUGUUGACAUUGUAUUGUAUAUUAAAGUCUCCUAUUUAUUCUCAUCCUACUUGGGUGUCACUUGAUAGCAAAGUAUUGUUCACUUGUCAAAUAUUCCAAUGGAAUUAAAAAUUAAAAGAAAAAAAGGAAUGAAUGUGUUAGAUUAGGUUUGUUUUGAAAUGAGAACAUUGGAAUGCCUGGAUACUUUACUGACUUGUAAAACAAGCCAGGUGACUUUUUCUACAACUUUAUUUACAUUGAGCAAGAUUUGUAACACUGGUAAUUGAAGGCAUGUGGAAACAUAAAUGCACAUUUCAAGAAAUAAGCCAUAUUAAGUACAAAAAAAAUAUAGGAAAGGCCAUGGUAUUCAACAACAGUAAUUAAGGCUCUUUUCCGUUGACGCUCUUGUGGUGCUCCAUCCUGUACCUACGCUGAAUCUCCAAGUGUUUGGCCCUCUGCCAUGUAUCUCUGGACAGAGAGGUGUGUCCCAGGCUCAGAGACAGCAACCUGACAACAGAGACCUGGUUAAUCACCUCCCCUCGCACAUCAAUUACAGUAUUUCCUAAGGCACAUUUUUCUGACCUUGUGAAAAACCCAAGGCAAAAGUUUCACAAAAAGUGGUUAACUCAUUCGAUUAAUAAUUGAAUUCAAAGCGUUUAGAGUGGCGUUGUAAUGGUUUGUUUUUAAAGUGUUUGCAUUCAGUUUUAUUGAUUGGGUGGAUACACUGCCCACUAGUGGCAAGAGUAUGACAUAGCUUAUCUAACAUGGCUGGAUCCAACUGCUCCUUGUUAAGACCAACA